GCAUGCGCAGUUUGAGUGUCCGAGCCGUGUCAAUGUGGAGAGAAUCUGAUCGACUGCAGAUCUCACAAAUCACACGAAGACGCGAUUCAAUAAAGCGCUCGUUUCACUGACUUUAUACCGACAACAGACAUGACGAGCAACCAGAAGCGGAAAGAAGAUCUGCACGUGUCGAACGGAGGACUGAAGCAGUCCGCGUGGAGUAAAGCCAUCAGCUGUAAAGCAGUGUGGGAAGAGAAGGAUGAGUUUUUAGACGUCAUCUACUGGUUUCGACAAAUUAUCGCCAUCAUACUGGGGCUCAUAUGGGGCGUUGUGCCGCUGAAAGGGUUUCUGGGAUUAGCCAUAUUCUGUGUCAUCAACGCUGGAGUUCUGUAUGUGUACUUCAGCAGUUUCCAGCAGGUGGAUGAGGAGGAGUAUGGAGGAACAUGGGAGCUCACCAAAGAAGGCUUCAUGACAUCCUUCGCUUUGUUUCUGGUGGUUUGGAUAAUAUUCUACACAGCUCUACACUACGAGUGAGGAUGUGCGUUAGACCUGCGAGAGACAUUUGAUGUAAUGUUAUACGGAAGGGCCGGAGCGUCAAGGCACUGCUAUGUUACCAGCAGCAUGGACGAGCCUGGAAGAGCUAGUGCUCAGUGACUACAUGUGAAGAACCUUCCUUGACCUAAUCUAAUCUUGUCCACCGCACUGCCACGGCUGAUGGGUUAAAGCUGUUAUUUCUGUUAACUUCAUUUUAUGUUUCACGAUAAGCUUCCAACACAAACUGUCUUAAUCUGUUUUGACUAGUAAUAGUAGUGUGUAAUUCUGGACGAUUUCAUUUUAUUCAAUCCACUGUGUAUUAAAGUACUGUAUGCAUUUCUUAUGUCGUCGUCGAUGUAACAUACUUCUCAGUAUUUUAUAGCGUAUUCACGGAAAUGUGAAUGUUCUGUAUGCUUGUUAUGAUUCAUAAGACACAACUGAGGCUGUAGAGAGACUAUUUUCUGGCUGGAAUGUUUUGAAGAAUAAAAUCAAAUUUGGGUAUCGUUUGCCCCAAAACGUUCAGCUGACGAUCUGCUGACGUGCUGUUUUGAACUCGUGUUUAAAGUUUAGUUUAGGGUUGUAUUUUUAACAUUAAUAAAUGCAUUAACGCUUCUGUUAUGUGCUAAAAUCAGCAAUGAUUUAAAGUGAUAUUUCACACAAAAAUAAAAAUUCUGUCUCAUUUACUCCCCCUCUUGUCAUUCAAACCUGUUUGACUUCCGCAGAACACAAAACAAAAUGUGUCCAUACAAUAGAAGUGAAUGGGUGCCAGUAUUUUCAUAAUAUCUUUUGUGUUCUUUCGUAAGAGAGAAACUCCUAAAUGUGUAAAAUGACAGGAGGGGCGGUAAUGAUGACAGAAUUUUCAAUUUUGGUUAAAAUGUCACUUUAAUAAUUGCGGUGAACUUGACCACACAAAUGUUUUAAUGUAAGAUAAAACACUCAAAUUUAGUGUGUUAAUUGCUUUUUUUUGCUCACAUUUGACCACUGUAAUAUUUAAAAUAAAAUGUAAUAAAUAUUUUUAAAAUAUUAA